AUGAGUGACUUGGAAGAUGACGAUGUCCCCCAGCUUUCUUCCCAUGCCUUAGCAGCUCUCCAGGAAUUCUAUGCUGAGAAGAAUCAAUGUGGGGGUGACAAAUACAAUGUUGGGAGAAUAGAAGAGAAUUGGCAAUUGAGCCAGUUUUGGUACAGUCAGGAAACUGCUUUGCAUCUUGCUAAGGAAGUGACUGCAGCUGCUGGGGAAGGUGGAAGGGUAGCCUGUGUGAGCACCCCUAGUGUUUACCUGAAACUGAGAGAGCUGCACAGAGAAGACUUGGCAGUACACCUCUUUGAGUAUGACAGAAGAUUUUCCAUUUAUGGAGAGGAGUUUAUCUUCUAUGAUUACAAUAAUCCAUUGGACUUCCCUGUAAAUAUUGCCCCUCAUAGUUUUGACAUUGUCAUAGCGGAUCCUCCCUAUCUUUCUGAGGAAUGUCUCAGGAAAACGUCAGAAACCAUCAAGUACCUGACUCAGGGCAAGAUUCUGCUGUGCACAGGUGCUGUCAUGGAGGAAGAGGCAGCAAAACUUCUUGGAGUGAAGAUGUGCAAAUUUAUUCCAAAGCACACCCGGACCUUGGCAAAUGAGUUUCGCUGUUACCUGAAUUAUGACUCUCAACUAGAUCAUGAUAUGUAA